AACCGAAUGAAUUAAUGAGUAUUAGUUUAUUUUUUUUCUGUCUCAAUGUGAUUAUUCGAAAAGUCGAUAGUCAUUCAAAAGGUGGUAUCGCAUCUCGGUCUCGCAUGUAGCACGAAUCAUACACACGCAGUGCAAGCAUGUGAGAGCUUUCAGAGACGCCAUAUACGUAGGCUUAAGUAAGAUAUAAUUGAUUUGCGCGAACAAACGAUAAAUCAUUGAGAGCAAGCUUUUUAAAUCAAUUAAUAACGCAGCAAUGUGAUUAAACUGACACCAAAUACCAUUGCGCUCCUACCAGACAAUAUGCAAAUGCAUAUAUUAUUAACGUGGCGUCUUGACGUCGAUCGUUUUGCAAAGAAGGAAUCCCUUUUGCUUAUGUGCGAAAUCUCACUUGUACAUAUUGUUAAUUUUUUAUCUUGUCGGAAGCCACGAAAAUGCCUCGUUCCUGGUGACAGAUCGGGAUCGCUUGGAUUGCUUGUGGAUGAUUUCACCACCAAUACAAAUGUGCACUACAUUUACAUUUCUUACAUUCCUAACUUUUGAUAAAAGUGUGCGCGCAACGUUGACAGGAACAAAUCUGACGAGCCGAGUGUGACGUCUGUACAAGAUUCUGAUAUCAAUCUAAAUCAAUUCUACACUGCAAUUUUCCACGUUUUCUUCAAGGUAUUUCUUGAAAGUGUUUAUCAAACGUAUCAACAAUAUCACAAGUAGUAUAAUGAGUCAGCUGCCCUUACCUGGAGGCAAAUUGGUGUGAACGUAUGAGCGAAUAACAAACAUGAGAACUAGCCUUAAGCUUUUAUACAAGGCAUGUGGUUGCUGAAUCUGCAUAUUAGAAAAACUGCGUACUUUCCGUCGCUGUCUCACGAUGAAUUUGGGGUGAAAGUAUGUCGUCAAGGUUUUAGUUUUUACCACUAAAGUAUUGAUGACGACAGGCUUACAUGUUCGACCCUUGCAAAGUGUCCGUCACGUUUCAACAUCAUAUACAACUUUCGUAUAGCAUGAACUUUUAGCUGUCG